CUGGGGUUUCUUGACUGGGAACAUUUCUAAUAUAUAAGGUGACCCGGUGGAAUUGUGCAAGUACUUGGUGAUACGCCCAGUUCAUGAUACUGCUUGACCGUUCGAAUCUUCGGCCCCUCCAUCUCCACCUCUCCCCUCUAGGUGCAGGCAAAAUUAGCAGCCAUGGGCAAGCCACGGAUGAUCAUUCUGAUCCGUCAUGCCCAAUCCGAGGGGAACAAAAACCGUGAUAUUCACCAAACCGUCCCCGACCACCGGGUCAAACUCACAGCCGAGGGCCAUCGACAAGCCCGGGAGGCAGGCGCCAACCUCCGUGGACUCCUGCGCCCGGAUGACAACAUCCAUUUCUUCACCUCCCCCUAUCGCCGAACUCGGGAGACCACCGAGGGCAUUCUCCAAUCCCUGACCUCCGAUUCGCCGUCCCCGUCCCCGUUUCCGAGAAACACCAUCAAGGUCUACGAAGAACCCCGGUUGCGAGAGCAGGACUUUGGCAACUUCCAACCAUGUUCCGCGGAGAUGGAGCGCAUGUGGAUGGAGCGGGCAGACUAUGGGCAUUUCUUCUACCGCAUCCCCAACGGCGAGUCGGCCGCGGACGCCUACGAUCGGGUCAGCGGGUUCAAUGAAUCCCUGUGGCGACUCUUUGGGGAGGAUGAUUGCGCCAGUGUGUGCGUCCUGGUGACGCACGGGCUCAUGACGCGGGUCUUCCUCAUGAAGUGGUACCACUGGAGCGUCGAGUAUUUUGAGGAUCUCCGCAACAUCAACCACUGCGAGUUCGUGAUCAUGAAGCUGAAUCAGGACAAUGGGAAAUACGCGCUACAAAAUCAACUUCGGACGUGGUCAGAGUUGAGAAAGGAGAAGGAGGGGGAGCGACAGCAAGAACGGGCGAUCAAGGGACUCGGGCCGGCCCUGUCAGUGCCUAGUACCGACGCGCCCACCCCGUUCCGGCGCAAAUGGGGAGGCUGUCCCGAAGGCUGCAAUCAUGGCAUUCGCAGGAAGCCUUCCACGCGUGCGUCUCGCCCAAAUGGAACGGAUCAGCUGCGCUCCAGCGACACCAGCCAUAAACAGGUUCACAACGCCGGUCAUGGCCAGGACCAGCCGGAGGGUCAUCAUCACCACACCCGCACCCAUCACCACCAUCACCAUAACAGCGCCCACCAUCGUCCUAUCAAAGCGGAAAUGGCUACCGCGACGCAACAGAUGUUAACGGCCCCCGAACCAGCCCUGGGAGACCAGUCAAGCGAAUCGAAGCCCCUAGACAGAACCAUCCCGUCUCCUACGCCACGGCACGAGUUCCUCGAUCCGCCAGGGAACGGUACAAACCCGAGCCGCCCGACCGAAAACAGUACCGCCAAUGACGGGAGACGCGACUGUUCCUGCGCCAGCCCUAAUCACACUCGCACAUUUUCAUCGCCGGCAGCAAGUCCAAGCCCAACGCUAAGGCGUCCAAACCUGGCCGGCUUCCAUCGCGACAGUGACGACCACCUGCUCCACUCGCCUCGAUCGAAUUACGCCCUCCUUCACCUUGCCGGACGGGAUGGUGGUGGCUCCAUGAGCGGAGCAAACAGCCUUUGCCCAUCGGAAGACGAGCGAGACAGUAGAUCGCCAUUCCGCAGUGGCAACCGGUCGUCCAAUCACCAACCCAAGCCAUCCCAAGAUUUCGGCAACGACGGGGACGACGAAGGGAGCAGCCACGCCCAACGGCUGCGACGGACACGGUCCCACCACAGUCGGAACAAUCCCCACAUGAAUGGACCGGGAAGACGGAACCUCGCCCAGAAGGUCGCCAACAUGCUGAACGAGAGGGAUCGAAGCGAGGAAGGCGAUGCGGCAGCUCAUUCAGACCUGGAUCCCGAUCAGCACGAGUAUGUGCAUGAACACGAAGACGAGCACAACGGGGAUGACGACGAUGGGGACAGUGAACCCCAUGCUUUGGACAAGGAGCAGCGCGAAGACCAGAGCAUUCACGGGAGUGUCUACUAAUCCACUUCCCUUUUUCUUUCUCCAGUGUUUUGAACCUUUUAGAUAUCACUGCAUCUUUAUAAUGUUUAUACCUAUCAUGAUAUACGACAUGCUCACGAAGUACCUUAUACCAUGUCUGAAUGAAUACCC